CGGGCAGCCGUGGCGUCUGCGGGCGCUUCCCACCCCGCCCCCCGCGGCUCGGGGUGACGCGUCUCCCAGAACAGCUCGCGGGGCGCCGCGCUCGGCCACAGCGGCGCCGGCCACCCCCCCACCCGCCUUUCCGCCACCAUGCGGGCCGAGGGCCACGGCGGCCUGGAGCGCUUCUGCAGCCCGGGCAAGGGCCGAGGGCUGCGGGCCCUCCAGUGCUUCCAGGUGGGGGACUUGCUCUUCUCCUGCCCGGCCUACGCCUACGUGCUCACCGUCGCCGAGCGCGGCAACCACUGCGAGCACUGCUUCGCCAGGAAAGAAGGAUUGUCGAAAUGUGGAAGAUGCAAGCAGGCAUUUUACUGCAAUGCGGAGUGUCAGAAAGAAGAUUGGCCUGUGCACAAACUGGAGUGUUCUCCCAUGGUGGUUUUUGGGGAAAACUGGAAUCCCUCAGAGACUGUAAGGCUAACAGCAAGGAUUCUGGCCAAACAGAAAAUCCACCCAGAACGAACACCUUCAGAGAAAUUGUUAGCUGUGAAGGAGUUUGAAUCACAUUUGGAUAAGCUAGACAAUGAGAAGAAGGAUUUGAUUCAGAGUGACAUCGCUGCCCUCCAUCAGUUCUACUCCAAGCACCUCGAAUUCCCCAACCAUGACAGCCUCAUAGUGCUCUUUGCACAGGUGAACUGCAAUGGCUUCACCAUUGAAGAUGAAGAACUUUCUCACUUGGGAUCAGCGAUAUUUCCUGAUGUUGCAUUGAUGAAUCACAGCUGUUGCCCCAAUGUCAUUGUGACCUAUAAGGGGACCUUGGCAGAAGUAAGAGCUGUGCAGGAAAUCUACCCAGGAGAAGAGGUGUUCACCAGCUACAUUGACCUCCUGUAUCCAACAGAAGACAGGAAUGACCGGUUAAGAGACUCCUAUUUCUUUACUUGUGAGUGCCAGGAAUGCACCACCAAAGUCAAGGACAAGGCCAAGGUGGAAAUUCGGAAGCUCAAUGAUCCCCCAAAGGCAGAAGCCAUCCGAGACAUGGUCAGAUAUGCACGCAACGUCAUUGAGGAAUUCCGGAGAGCCAAGCACUACAAAUCCCCUAGUGAGCUGCUGGAGAUCUGCGAGCUCAGCCAGGAGAAGAUGAGCUCUGUGUUUGAGGAUACCAAUGUGUACAUGCUGCACAUGAUGUACCAGGCCAUGGGCGUGUGCUUGUACAUGCAGGACUGGGAAGGAGCCCUGCGAUACGGACAGAAGAUCAUUAAGCCAUACAGUAAGCACUAUCCUGUGUACUCCCUGAAUGUGGCCUCAAUGUGGUUGAAGCUGGGAAGACUGUACAUGGGCCUGGAGAAUAAAGCUGCAGGAGAGAGAGCCCUGAAGAAGGCUAUUGCAAUCAUGGAAGUCGCACAUGGCAAAGAUCAUCCGUAUAUUUCUGAGAUCAAACAGGAAAUCGAAAGCCACUGAAACUGUGCCCCUCAGAAACUUCAAACGCUACACAUUACUCCAGCAUGUCUAAACUCGCUGGAAUGAAAACAUAUCUUGCACCUAAGCCUUGCACACGCCAUACUUCGAGGUUGACCUUACUCUUUAACAUCAAAUUCAUUUUAAAUGUUUCGUUUUUUCUAAGAGCUAAUGGCAUGGUUUCAUAUUUAAUAAUUUGGGCAGAUCAAGUUUUAAAAUGCAGGUAUUUUCCCUCCAUGCCUAUUGCCGUCACAAUAUUGUUAGAACAAGCUUGAAUGAUGGAAGAUAAUAAUAAAAGACAUACCAUACUUGAGGUUUAUGUUUUCUUCUGUCUGCGGCGAGGAUUUUUCUUUUUUAUCUCUGAAAAACAGAGACAGGG